AUGCCUGAGCUUGGAGCUUUGGAUCCUUUAGUGAGAAAGGACAAGCAUCCUAGAUUUCCUGACACAACAAUGAGUUCAACAGAAGAACAGUUUCAUUGGCAAACACAAGAUGGUCAGAAGGAUAUAGAGGAUGAACUCACAACUGGUCUUGAACUGGUAGACUCCUGUAUUAGAUCACUUCAAGAAUCAGGAAUACUCGAUCCCCAGGACUAUUCAACUAGUGAAAGGCCCAGCCUUCUCUCCCAGAGUGCACUUCAGCUCAAUUCCAAACCUGAAGGGUCUUUCCAGUACUCAGCCAGCUACCAUAGCAACCAGACCCUUGCCCUGGGUGAAACAACACCUUCCCAACUCCCAGCUCGAAGCAGUCAAGCCAGAGCUGCUAUCCAGAGCUUCAGCCAGGGCACAACUAGCCGAGCAGCCCAUUUAGCUGGAUCUGAACCCUCUCAAUCACAUGCUGCCUCUCAGUCAAGAGAGUCCUUUGUGCCGAGCCAUGGGAGCGCGUUCCAUUUGCCUGACUCCCAGCAUUCUUCAGCCCUUUAUUAUUCCAGCUCCACUCUGCCAGCACAGAGAGUGAGCUCUCCCUUGUCCAUGCAGCAGCUAAGCUCAACCAUUGGCACUUAUGCUACCCUAUCUCCUACAAAACGUCUAGUCCACACGUCAGACCAGUACAACAAGCAUUCACAGGAACUGUAUGCCACUGCUACCCUUCAGAGACCUGGCAGUCUGGCAGCUGGGUCUCGGGCAUCUUACAGCAGCCAACACAGCCACCUUGGCUCAGAAUUGAGGGCACUACAGUCUCCAGAACAUCACAUAGAUCCCAUUUAUGAAGACAGAGUGUAUCAGAAGCCCCCUAUGCGGAGUCUCAGCCAGAGUCAGGGGGACCCUUUGCAGCCAGCUGCCUAUCGCACUAGCACAGCCCCAUCUUCCCCUGGUGUCGACUCCGUACCCUUACAGCGCACAGGCAGUCAGCACGGCACACAGAAUGCAGCAUCGACCUUCCAGAGGGCCAGUUACGCUGCAGGCCCAGCCUCCAAUUACGCAGACCCCUACCGACAGCUGCAGUAUUGUCCUUCUGUCGAGUCACCAUACAGCAAAUCUGGGCCUGCCAUACCACCCGAAGGGACUUUGGCUAGGUCACCUUCCAUUGAUAGCAUUCAGAAAGAUCCCAGGGACAGCAGGGACUCCCAAAAGUCAUCUCCAGCACCACAACUUGAAAGUGCUGAUUCUGCGGUGCUCAGCAUUCCUUAUAGUCCAACUCUCACAGCCACACACUGCUACUGGAAAAACAAUAGCUUUGACAAUAGGGGCCUUUGUCAGCAGAGUGAUGACUCUGCUUUUUAG